UGCCUAGAGUUUUUCCAGUUAGGCAGGUAAAGGGCCGCUUAUUGUGGGGUCCUUCCGUAUGAAACAGGAAGAGAAAGGCUAAAACUGAUUCCUGUCGUCUGUGAUGACGGUUCAUAACUUGUACAUAUUUGACCGUAAUGGAAGCUGUCUGCACUAUGGAGAGUGGAACCGCAAGAAAGAAGCUGGCAUUUCCAAGGAUGAGGAGUUUAAGCUGAUGUAUGGGAUGCUGUUCUCCAUCAGAUCGUUCUGUAGCAAGAUGUCUCCACUAGAUAUGAAGGAUGGCUUUCUCUCCUUCCAGACCAGCAAGUAUAAACUCCACUACUAUGAGACGCCAACCGGAAUCAAGAUCAUAAUGAACACAGACCUUGGAGUUCCCAAUGCCAGAGACAUCCUGCACCAGAUCUACAGCACGCUGUAUGUGGAGUACAUUGUGAAGAAUCCUCUGUGUGUCCUUGGGGAGCAACUGUCCUCUGAUCUUUUCUCAACCCGACUUGACCUCUACAUCCGAGCCCUGCCCUUCUUUAGCCCCCGAGCAGCCUAACACCCACACACAUAAUGGAGGGUGGAUUGUCACAAUGUAUUCAUUUUUUAUUUCCAUGUCAGUGGGAGUUGAUGUUGACUAUGGUCUUUAAUAGAACCAAUAAUAAAAUGGAAGGAAUGUUUCUAUAA